UCCUCUUCUUUCUCUCCCCUCUCUUCCUCUCUCUCUCUCUGUCUUCUCUCGUCCACCUUGUAGACACAGACUGACGAGUCCAACUCUUGGCCUUCCUCAUCACCACCACCAUCGUCAUCCUCAGAGGAACACGGACAGGGAGUCCUCUGACCCUCGCCCUGCCGGGUCACCAUGGCAACGGUCAUCUGCACUCGUUUCACCGAAGAGUAUCAGCUGUAUGAGGAGCUGGGCAAGGGAGCGUUUUCAGUGGUGCGGCGAUGUGUGAAGGUGCUGUCAGGUCAGGAGUACGCCGCCAAGAUCAUCAACACCAAGAAACUGUCUGCCAGAGAUCAUCAAAAGUUGGACCGUGAAGCUCGGAUCUGUCGUUUACUGAAACACCCCAACAUUGUUCGGCUUCAUGACAGCAUCUCAGAGGAGGCUCAUCAUUACCUCAUCUUUGACCUGGUUACAGGUGGCGAGCUGUUUGAAGACAUCGUAGCCAGAGAGUAUUACAGUGAAGCUGACGCCAGUCACUGCAUCCAGCAGAUUUUGGAGGCGGUGCUUCACUGUCACCAGAUGGGCGUCGUCCACAGAGACCUAAAGCCGGAGAACCUGCUGCUGGCCUCCAAGUCUAAAGGGGCGGCGGUAAAACUGGCCGACUUUGGCCUCGCCAUCGAGGUGGAGGGAGACCAGCAGGCCUGGUUUGGCUUUGCGGGGACUCCAGGUUAUCUGUCUCCUGAGGUUUUAAGGAAGGACCCGUAUGGCAAAGCAGUCGACCUCUGGGCCUGUGGUGUGAUUCUCUACAUCCUGUUGGUCGGUUAUCCUCCAUUCUGGGACGAAGAUCAACACCGGCUCUACCAGCAGAUCAAAGCUGGAGCGUAUGACUUUCCUUCCCCCGAGUGGGACACGGUGACUCCUGAAGCCAAAGAUCUCAUAAACAAGAUGUUGACCAUCAAUCCAGCCAAACGGAUCACAGCGGCCGAGGCACUCAAACAUCCGUGGAUCUCUCAUCGCUCCACAGUGGCGUCUUGUAUGCACAGACAGGAAACAGUCGAGUGUCUGAAGAAGUUCAAUGCCAGGAGGAAACUCAAGGGAGCCAUUUUGACCACGAUGUUGGCCACCAGAAACUUCUCCGGAGGAAAGAGUGGCAGCAACAAGAAGAACGACGGAGUCAAGGAAUCAUCUGAGAGCACAAACACAACUAUUGAGGAUGAAGACACCAGAGUGAGGAAACAGGACAUCAUCAAAGUCACUGAGCAGCUCAUCGAGGCAAUCAGCAAUGGAGAUUUUGAGAGCUACACUAAGAUGUGCGAUCCUGCCGUCACGGCGUUUGAACCGGAGGCGUUGGGGAAUCUGGUCGAAGGCCUCGAUUUUCACCGCUUUUACUUUGAAAACUUGUGGUCUAAGAACAGUAAACCCGUCCACACCACCAUCUUGAACCCACACAUCCACCUGGUGGGCGACGAGGCCGCCUGCAUCGCGUACAUCAGGGUAACGCAGUACAUCGACACCAACGGCACGCCUCGCACCGCCCAAUCAGAGGAGACCAGGGUGUGGCACCGCCGUGACGGGAAGUGGCAGAUCGUACACUUCCACCGUUCAGGCUCCGCCUCCACGCUCAGCAACUAACUACAGGAGUGGGCGGGUCUUAGGGGGGCCACGUUGCCUUGACAACACAUUGAUUGACAGCAGGCCAGGUGGAACUUUGUCUGAGAGGUUUGACAAAAGGCAAAUGAAGGAGGAGGAGGAGAUGAGGGGCGGAGCCACAGAGCCUUUUGAUCCAGCAGUGAAAUGCACAAUCAAUCAAUCAAUCAAUCAAUGUGUGGAAAUCUCAAAUCUUCACCACAAUUCCUGCUGCGAUGACACAUAGUUAGUUAACUGUAACAUCAUUACUAUUUCUGUGUUUAUUAUUAAUUAACUACUUUUUUUAUUAGUUAAAUACUAGUUACUUCUUAGUUGUUGUUAUUAAUUAACGACUAGUUAUUUAUAACAUUCAUUCCUAUUUAUUUAUUAGUUAAUCAUUAGUCACUCAUUAGUUUAUUUGUUAAUUACUAGUUAUUUAUUAGUUAUUUAUUGUUUGUAAUUAGUUAGUUACUAUUUAGUUAUUAGUUAAUUACUUCUUUAUGAGUUAAAUAUUAGUUACUUCUAGUUUGUAAUUAGUUAUUUAUUAGUUAAUUAUUUGUUUAUUGUUAGUUAAUUACUAUGAAUUUAUUAGGUAAUCAUUAGUCACUUAUUAGUUUGUUGUAAGUUACUUAUUAGUUCAUUUCUAUUCAUUUAUUAGUUAGUUAUCAGUUACUUAUUUCUCAAAUAUUGUUUCUGUUUAGUAAAAAGUUAAUUGUUGUCACUUAUUAGUUUAUUAGUAGUAAUUGAGGUUAGUUAACGGAUAAAUCAAUUAGUUAAGGGACCAUUUAUUUUCAGUAUAAGUGGAAUAUUAGUUGGAGAUGCGAGAUUUCCACCUGAAUUUAAAAUAUAUAUUAAUAAUAAUCAAUGAAAUCCAAUAACAAGCAAACCGUUGCCAUGGUUACCACUUACGACUGAGGCCCAUUAUCUCAAAAAAAAAAACGUGACAUGUUUACGAAUUUAAAGUCAAGUUCGAAACAACUCACAUCCAUUUUUUUUAAAUUUCAAGAUGAAAUUGUGUUUGUCGUUAGUUUAUGACGUAAGGACGUUGCUGGCUGAAACGUGAGGAGAAACCAGAGCAGCACGGGCACCGUACGAUUUAUUUUACGUGAAAAAUAUGUCGCAAUCGUACGAGCAGCUGAAGACGCGACAGCGCUCAUCUCUCUGCUUCCAUCAGGGCUGGAGAGCUCCAGACGCUUCCAUCGCUCUCCGCCCUGCGAUCUUCCAUGAACAGCCACACCUCCACGCAGAUUAGCCCCGCCCACCUGGCCCCACCCCCCCGCCAGGUGUAAUAACGAGGACGACCGUGACCAGGUACCUUAACAAGAAUCUCCCGCAGAAGAAUACUUGAAUCUGUUGUUUUUUAGGGAGGAGGAGCCAAGGACAAAGGAAAGGAGAUAAGGAAAUGUGCAAAAAAAACGCAACAAAACACAUUCAAUUAUAUUGAAAUAAAUUUUAAUAAUUUUAGUGAUUGUGUGAAAAGAAUGUGACUUUAUGAACCAGCCCCAAACAGCCAAUCAGAUUUACGGACGCGAACACCUGUCAUCUGUUGCCGGGGAGAAAAGGUCUGUCCGUACGGAGUCCCAGAGUCAGAAAUGACUGACAAAUCAAGCGUUUUAAUGAAAUGGUGAACAAAUAGCACGAUUGUUUUUGACAUUUUUCCGAAUCACAAAAUUUGAAACAAAUUAUUACAGUUGACAAAAGUUUAAAAAAACAAAAGAAUAAAAAGUCCAGUGUGUAGAAUUUUGAGGAAUCAAUCAACAAAUAUCUAGUCUUAUAUUAUAUUAUUCUUAUGCUUUCUGUAAAUUUAUGGGCACACGAUUUGUACUGGAAACCCGAUUUAAAUUUAAAUGAAUAUGUAACUAAUUGUGCACUUCCUUUCACACUGGCUUUCAGAAUAAGAGCUUAC